AAGAGGGGGAAAAAUGGGAUCAAACCAUUGGCUUAAGCUCAGUUCAUAAACGCCAUGGAAGCUCCUGCAAGUUUCAGCCCUCUUAGUAUUGCUUUGAGCUUAGCCAUGGCAGCAGUCAUCCUCUGUCAGUUGCUGCUGAAACUCUUUGCAGCUGCAACGCCAAGCCCUAGCUUGCCUCCUGGCUGCAUGGGCUUCCCCUUCGUUGGAGAGACACUCAGCUUCCUCAAGCCCCAUCAUUCUAACUCCAUUGGGACCUUCCUCCAGUAUCACUGUUCCAGGUUUGGGACGGUUUUCAAGUCUCAUCUAUUUGGUUCGCCGGCGAUAGUGUCAUGUGAUCGAGAGCUUAACAUGUUCAUUCUUCAAAACGACGACAAACUUUUCAAAGUGAGUUAUCCCAAGGCCAUGCAUGGCAUUCUCGGCAGCAAUUCUUUGAUCAUCGCCGCCGGAGACACCCACCGGAAGCUCAGAAACGUCGUCGUUAGCUUUGUCAGCUGGUGCAAGUCCAACCCCACUUUCCUUCACUCCGUGGACAAGCUCUCUGUCUCUUUAAUGGAGUCGUGGAGAUGCCAAACUCGUGUGUUUUUCUGCAAAGAAGUGAAAAUGUUUGCUUUGAGUGUUAUGGUGAAGGAAUUGUUGGGCAUUGAAGCGAACGAGUCGGUUGGGUUGAGAAUAUUGGACGAGUUCGAAACUUAUAUGAAAGGCUUUGUUUCUUUACCUCUGAAUCUCCCCGGAACUCCAUACUAUAAGGCUGUUAAGGCCCGAGCGAAGCUUUCGGGCAUCGUGAAAGAGAUGAUGAAAGAGAGGAAAAAGAAGGGAUUAGUGGUAGGGGUGGAAAAAGAAGGGGAUGAUCAUGAGAACUUUCUAGACGUGAUAAUGUCAAAUUGGAAGCUUGAUGAGGAAGAGAUUGUGAGCGUUGUGUUGGACAUAUUGCUUGGAGGAUAUGAGACAACAGCUACUCUUAUGGGAUUGAUUGUCUACUUUCUUGCACAUUCACCUCCCAAUGUUCUUGCAAAGUUAAAGGAAGAACAUGAAGCAAUAAGAAAUGGCAAAGGGAAGGGAGAGUAUCUGAAUUUAGAAGAUUACAAGCAAAUGGAGUUCACAUGCAAUGUGAUAUAUGAAGCCAUGAGAUGUGGAAAUGUGGUCAAAUUCUUACAUAGAGAGGCCAUUAAAGAUGUCAAAUUCAAAGACAUUUUCAUUCCUUCGGGAUGGAAAGUUCAUCCAGUCUUCUCAGCCAUUCAUCUGGAUCCAACCCUUCACCCAUAUCCUCAACAGUUCAAUCCAUGGAGAUGGAGGGAUGAUAAAGAAAUGAGCAAGAAGGUGACGCCCUUUGGUGGAGGCCCAAGGCUUUGUCCUGGGAUUGAGCUUGCCAAGCUAGAGAUAGCUUUCUUCCUCCAUCAUCUUGUCCUCAAUUAUAGGUGGAAGACAAGCUCAGAUGAAUGUCCACUGGCUUACCCAUAUGUUGAAUUUAAAAGAGACUUAUUGCUUGAGAUUCAGCCCUGUAGUUGCUGAAAUCAAAGGCUGAUUAAUUCAGGGAAUUUUAUUGUUCUAA